AUGGUUGCUUCCCCUUCCCCUCGCUGGUGGCUUCUGGUCCAAGCCGUUUUCUGGCGCUUCUGCAUGCGCCUCGGCAUGUCCAUCCAUGAUUUUUCGCCCCCUCGGCCUCCCCGAAGGUCCUUUGUCCGAACCAUCCCGGUAGGGAAUUCACGCAUCAACCUAUAUUUCUACUGUCCUCCAGAAUACACUCAAGGCCGCAAGAAGGGUCGUCGUUGGCCCGUCGUGGUCAAUUUCCACGGGGGUGGCUUCACCCUCGGGAGUCCCACCGAUGACAGUCGCUGGUGUCACUGGGUGUUGGACGACGUGGGUGCCGUCGUGGUCAGCGUGGGAUAUCGCCGGGCACCCGAGCAUCCCUUCCCAGCCGCCGUCGAUGAUGGAGUUCGAGCCUUACAGUAUCUGUCCUCCCAUGCGACCGAGCUGGGGAUCGACGUCUCCCGCAUCGUGCUCAGUGGGUUUUCGGCGGGGGGCAAUCUGGCGGUCACCGUGCCGCUACGGCUGCGCAGCUUGAUGUUGCAGGAUGCCGUGAACCCCGUCCUGGAUCGAGCGGAGUCGACCGAGCAACUGGUGGCCACCUCAACCAGCGACCUGAAUAUCGUCGGCCUCUUCUGCUGGUACCCCAUCCUCGACUUCGAGGAGCCCCGCGACCACCGACGGGCGAUGAGUAUCAUGCCAAACAAGACGCUUCCCAACUUUUUCACCGAUCUCUUCGACGAGUCGUAUCUCCCCGAUCACUCGGACCGCCGCUCUCCCUUCGCGUCACCCGUCCGGGCCGGGGAUAGCAUUCUGGCCGAAGCCCUACCGCAUGACAUCUUCCUGUAUAUCUGUGAAUGGGACAUGCUGAUGAACGAGGGCCAGCAGUUUGUGCGUCGGCUACAGGGCAUCAACAAGCAUGUGCGGUCCAUGAUGAUCGAGAAAGCACCGCAUGCCUGGGACAAGUCGUGCAAUCCGUUCCGCGACCAGGACAAGGUGGAUAUUCUUUAUCGUGACGCUUGUGCCGAUAUGAAGGCGAUUUUCGAUGCGUAG